UUCCGUCCGUAAUUCACGCCAAUAAGAAAAAUCCGAUGACUGGUCUAAAGGACCCGAACGCUCUCUGGGACUUCCAAUCCCUGAGACCCGAGACAUUAAAUUUAAUCACUUAUAUGUACAGCGAUUUCGGUAUACCCGAAGGCUGGCGACAUAUGCCUGGCUUUAGUAUUCACGCCUAUAAGUUGGUCAACAGUCAAAACAAACCCGUUUUCGCAAAGUUUCACUGGAUUACAAAUCAAGGCAUUAAAAAUCUGGACGUCGACACCGCCGCACAAUUAAGAGGCACAGACCCCGAUUAUGCCCGACGGGAUCUAUUUGAGGCGAUUGCCGGCCAUAGAUACCCCUCAUGGACUCUGAAGAUGCAAGUGAUCAGUGAACAGGAGGCCAAGAAAUUUGAUUUCAAUCCAUUUGACGCCACAAAGAUCUGGUCGACAGACAAAUAUCCACUCUUAGAGAUAGGAGUGAUGACAUUGAACCGAAAUCCCGCCAAUUUCUUCGCCGAAGUCGAACAGAUAGCCUUCUGUCCCGCAAAUAUGGUGCCCGGAAUAGAGCCCUCACCCGACCUACUGUUGGCCGGACGCAUGUUUUCCUAUGCAGAUACUCAAAGAUAUCGUUUGGGAACAAACCAUCACUUACUCCCUGUGAACAAAGCUCGCAAUCGAGUGAUGGCUCCGACACAACGCGACGGUGCGAUGCGUUCGGACGACAACAUGGGUUCACACCCUAACUACUAUCCGAACUCGUUUAGUGACGCCAGAGAUAAUCAAAAUAUGUUGGAAUCAAACUUCACGGUCGCCGCCGACAAGGGCUCCGAGAAUGUGGUCUUUAGAUACGAUGACAAAGACGACCGAAACUACGAUCAGCCGCGAGAGCUGUACAACAGUUUCACC